AUGCAACAAAGGAGGAAGGGUGAAAUUUUUACAUCGAGUAGCUCUUCACCUGCCUGCCCCUCUUCCCCUGCCUGCCCCCUCUUCCCCUGCCUGCCCCCUCUUCCCCUGCCUGCCCCCUCUUCCCCUGCCUGCCCCCUCUUCCCCUGCCUGCCCCCUCUUCCCCUGCCUGCCCCCUCUUCCCCUGCCUGCCCCCUCUUCCCCUGCCUGCCCCUCUUCCCCUGCCUGCCCCUCUUCCCCUGCCUGCCCCUCUUCCCCUCCAGCCCUCUUCCCCUGCCUGCCCCCUCUUCCCCUGCCUGCCCCCUCUUCCCCUGCCUGCCCCCUCUUCCCCUGCCUGCCCCCUCUUCCCCUGCCUGCCCCCUCUUCCCCUGCCUGCCCCCUCUUCCCCUGCCUGCCCCCUCUUCCCCUGCCUGCCCCCUCUUCCCCUGCCUGCCCCCUCUUCCCCUGCCUGCCCCCUCUUCCCCUGCCUGCCCCCUCUUCCCCUGCCUGCCCCCUCUUCCCCUGCCUGCCCCCUCUUCCCCUGCCUGCCCCCUCUUCCCCUGCCUGCCCCCUCUUCCCCUGCCUGCCCCCUCUUCCCCUGCCUGCCCCCUCUUCCCCUGCCUGCCCCCUCUUCCCCUGCCUGCCCCCUCUUCCCCUGCCUGCCCCCUCUUCCCCUGCCUGCCCCCUCUUCCCCUGCCUGCCCCCUCUUCCCCUGCCUGCCCCCUCUUCCCCUGCCUGCCCCCUCUUCCCCUGCCUGCCCCCUCUUCCCCUGCCUGCCCCCUCUUCCCCUGCCUGCCCCCUCUUCCCCUGCCUGCCCCCUCUUCCCCUGCCUGCCCCCUCUUCCCCUGCCUGCCCCCUCUUCCCCUGCCUGCCCCCUCUACCCCUGCCUGCCCCCUCUUCCCCUGCCUGCCCCCUCUUCCCCUGCCUGCCCCCUCUUCCCCUGCCUGCCCCCUCUUCCCCUGCCUGCCCCCUCUUCCCCUGCCUGCCCCCUCUUCCCCUGCCUGCCCCCUCUUCCCCUGCCUGCCCCCUCUUCCCCUGCCUGCCCCCUCUUCCCCUGCCUGCCCCCUCUUCCCCUGCCUGCCCCCUCUUCCCCUGCCUGCCCCCUCUUCCCCUGCCUGCCCCCUCUUCCCCUGCCUGCCCCCUCUUCCCCUGCCUGCCCCCUCUUCCCCUGCCUGCCCCCUCUUCCCCUGCCUGCCCCCUCUUCCCCUGCCUGCCCCCUCUUCCCCUGCCUGCCCCCUCUUCCCCUGCCUGCCCCCUCUUCCCCUGCCUGCCCCCUCUUCCCCUGCCUGCCCCCUCUUCCCCUGCCUGCCCCCUCUUCCCCUGCCUGCCCCCUCUUCCCCUGCCUGCCCCCUCUUCCCCUGCCUGCCCCCUCUUCCCCUGCCUGCCCCCUCUUCCCCUGCCUGCCCCCUCUUCCCCUGCCUGCCCCCUCUUCCCCUGCCUGCCCCCUCUUCCCCUGCCUGCCCCCUCUUCCCCUGCCUGCCCCCUCUUCCCCUGCCUGCCCCCUCUUCCCCUGCCUGCCCCCUCUUCCCCUGCCUGCCCCCUCUUCCCCUGCCUGCCCCCUCUUCCCCUGCCUGCCCCCUCUUCCCCUGCCUGCCCCCUCUUCCCCUGCCUGCCCCCUCUUCCCCUGCCUGCCCCCUCUUCCCCUGCCUGCCCCCUCUUCCCCUGCCUGCCCCCUCUUCCCCUGCCUGCCCCCUCUUCCCCUGCCUGCCCCCUCUUCCCCUGCCUGCCCCCUCUUCCCCUGCCUGCCCCCUCUUCCCCUGCCUGCCCCCUCUUCCCCUGCCUGCCCCCUCUUCCCCUGCCUGCCCCCUCUUCCCCUGCCGGCCCCCUCUACCCCCGCCCGCGCCCUCUACCCCCGCCCGCGCCCUCUACCCCCGCCCGCGCCCUCUUCCCCCGCCCGCCCCCUCUUCCCCCGCCCGCCCCCUCUUCCCCCGCCUGCCCCCUCUUCCCCCGCCCGCCCCCUCUUCCCCCGCCCGCCCCCUCUUCCCCCGCCCGCCCCCUCUUCCCCCGCCCGCCCCCUCUUCCCCCGCCCGCCCCCUCUUCCCCCGCCCGCCCCCUCUUCCCCCGCCCGCCCCCUCUUCCCCCGCCCGCCCCCUCUUCCCCCGCCCGCCCCCUCUUCCCCCGCCCGCCCCCUCUUCCCCCGCCCGCCCCCUCUUCCCCCGCCCGCCCCCUCUUCCCCCGCCCGCCCCCUCUUGCCCCGCCCGCCCCCUCUUCCCCCGCCCGCCCCCUCUUGCCCCGCCCGCCCCCUCUUGCCCCGCCCGCCCCCUCUUGCCCCGCCCGCCCCCUCUUCCCCCGCCCGCCCCCUCUUGCCCUGUUGCCCUGCCUCCACCCCCUCUUGCCCUGCCUCCUCCACUCCCUCCAUGUGUGUGUGUCAGGCAAUGA